AAAUACUUUUUAGUAGUAAUGAACAAAAUUUCAAAUGCCUUUAGGUAAAGAAUAUUUUUUUAUGAUUUUCAAUUUGCUUUAUAUUGAGAUGAUAAUGCUAGAUACAAUUUUUACUUCCUCAAGCGCGUUUAUUGCGCUGCAAAGAAAUGUAAUGCUGUUCAUAUCCAACAGAGGGCACCAUUGUAUCGGUUUGUGAAAUACAGGUUUAGUGGAAGAUACGCGCAGGUUGUGAUUGUGGUUUUAAUAUAUUCCCGACAUUGAUGUUUAUAUUACUAUAUUAAAGUUAAAAUAAAUACACGCGCGUGUCGCUACUUUAUAACCAGCGUUGAGCUUUCGGAGCGACCUGCGCUCGUGUCCUCUGCGGAACUAAAGUUGAGGUUUCGAGGAGCUGAUCGAGCGCCACUGUGUUGCACCACUUGUAGCCAAAUAGUUCGCUAACGCUAGCAGGCUAACGUCGGCUCAUCCAAUACGGCAUGCGGCAUAUCUGAAGCCCAAGUGUUUGGCGUGAACGACUCUAACUUUACCCAGCGAAACCACAGGGUGCCGUGAUGUCAGAGUCUAAGCCCCCCACUCCGACCCCCGCAGACACAUACAAGGGUUGGCUCUUUAAAUGGACUAACUACAUUAAAGGCUACCAGAGACGCUGGUUCGUUCUGAGUAAUGGGUUGUUGUCAUAUUAUAGGACGCAGGCAGAGAUGGGGCACACGUGUCGCGGCACCAUCAACUUGGCCACAGCCAACAUUGCUGUGGAGGACUCGUGCAAUUUUGUCAUUUCCAACGGUGGGGCACAGACCUACCACCUAAAGGCCAGCUCAGAAAUAGAGCGCCAACGGUGGAUCACUGCUCUGGAGCUGGCGAAGGCGAAGGCCAUUAACAUGCAGGCUGAAUCAGAUGAGUCAGGAGAUGAUUGCCCUGCGGUGCCCCCAACUUCAGGACAGGGUGGAGGGUUCCGUAACUCAGAAAUCCAGUCCACACUGCGUACAUUGAACAGCAAGGUGGAGGACCUUGCCACUUGUAAUGAUCUCAUUGUCAAGCAUGGAUCUGCCCUGCAAAGGUCUUUGUCGGAGCUAGAGGGAAUUCAUGUUGGAGCAGACAUGGCUGAAAAGACCAGACAAGUUACAGAGAGGGCCACACUGUUCCGAAUUACCUCCAAUGCCAUGAUCAAUGCAUGCAGAGACUUCCUCUCGCUGGCUCAGACCCACAGUAAGCGCUGGCAGAAGGCCUUACAGACCGAGAGAGAGCAGAGGGUACGGCUGGAGGAAACUCUAGAGCAACUGGCAAAACAGCACAACCACCUGGAAAGAGCUUUUAGAGGAGCAACUGUUCUCCCACCUUCUUUCAGCAAUCCCGCCUUGGCCAUUAAAGGUGGGGUUUCAGGAAAAGGUGAUGCCAGUGACGAGGAUGAUGACAAUGAGUUUUUUGAUGCUAUGGAAGACCCGGCAGAGUUCAUUACUGUCCCUGCUGAUCCCAAGUAUCACAGGAGAUCUGGCAGCAACGUGAGCGGGCUCAGCAGUGAGACUGGAACUGAUGAUCAGUCGGUAAAUUUUGAUGAACUUUCAUUAGCAUCCAAUCCGGAGUCUCCGCAGCCUCUUGAGCUAGAGCCUGUUAGACAAAGACGAACCCGUAUCCCCGACAAGCCCAACUACUACCUGAACCUCUGGAGCAUAAUGAAGAACUGCAUUGGAAAGGAGCUCUCAAAGAUACCAAUGCCUGUGAAUUUCAACGAGCCCCUCUCGAUGCUGCAACGGCUUUCCGAAGACCUAGAAUACUAUGAGCUGCUGGAUAAGGCUGCCAAGUGUCAGAGCUCCCUAGAGCAGCUGUGUUAUGUGGCAGCUUUCACAGUGUCUUCCUACUCCACCACGGUCCACCGCACGGGAAAACCCUUCAACCCCCUGCUGGGAGAGACUUUUGAGCUGGAUCGGCUCAGAGACUGCGGCUACCGCUCGCUGUGUGAGCAGGUGAGUCAUCACCCACCUGCUGCAGCUCAUCAUGCCAUCUCUGAAAAGGGCUGGGCUCUCAGACAGGAGAUUACACUAGCCAGCAAGUUCAGAGGAAAAUACCUCUCCAUCAUGCCCUUGGGUUCUAUCCAGUGUUUAUUUGACAAGAGUAAAAAUCACUACUCAUGGAAGAAAGUGACUACAACAGUACACAACAUUAUUGUGGGAAAGUUAUGGAUUGAUCAGUCAGGGGAGAUCGAUGUGGUGAACCACAGAACAGGAGACCGCUGCCACCUGAAGUUUGCUCCAUACAGCUACUUUUCCAGAGAUGUACCAAGAAAGGUUACUGGAGUUGUAACAGAUAAGGAUGGAAAAGCUCAUUAUGUGCUGUCAGGAACCUGGGACGAGAAGAUGGAGUUUUCCAGGGUAAUGCAGAGCAGCAAAGGCGAGAACGGCACUGAAGGCAAACAACGGACAGUCUAUCAGACCCUCAAAGCCAAAGAAAUCUGGAGAAAGAACCCUUUACCAGAGGGAGCAGAAAACAUGUACUACUUCUCCUCCCUGGCUUUGACGCUCAAUGAACCCGAGGAGGGAGUGGCACCGACAGACAGCCGGAGACGCCCUGAUCAGCGGUUAAUGGAGGAAGGCCGCUGGGAUGAGGCUAACGCAGAGAAACAGAGGCUGGAGGAAAAGCAGCGCACUGCCCGCCGAGAAAGGGAAAGGGAGGCUGUGAAAUCAGCGAGCUCCCCGGAGGAAGCAGAUGCACAAGUGACUGGCACUGAAGCAAGUGAGGUUUCUGAUGAAACUAACACUGAGGACUCUCCCCCUCAUACACCUGUUGCAUCCUCUUAUGGACCAUCACACUCUCCCCAUUUAAUGGAAAGCAAGGAAGGUUCUUAUGGAGUCGCAGUCAAAAGCACCCAUCCAGACAACUACCAGGCUCUUUGGUUUGAGAAGACCGACGACCCUGUAUCUGGAGAGACAUUGCACAUUUACAAGGGGGGUUACUGGGAGGCAAAGGAGAAAGGCAGCUGGGACAUGUGCCCCAGCAUCUUCUGAUCGCAGCCUCAGCAGUGCAAACACAUGGUAGAUGAUGGCAGGAGGGGGUUAGCUAAACGCUGCGAAUCAGGCCCGACAUCUUCAGUGUCCACAGCUUCAGACGAGCAACUCGCAUCAAGGGAAGGUGGAUUUAGUCAUCAAAACAAACAGAUGGUCGUAACAGCGUUCAGAGGCCACCCUCACCGCCUUCAAACACUGACCUGUCCUGGGCUUGGAGACCAAGACUCUGCAGGUUCCAGCCUGUGUUUCAUUUAGUUGGUAAUAGCUGUUGCUUGUUUUCUUUGGAAGCACUAUUGACAUUGACUUACACAGCAUUUUUUUUUGAUAGUGUGUCAUUUGUUAGUUGUGUUGUUGUGUAUUCAUACGUUUUGUUGUUUUGCAAUCACUUUUUAAAUUAAACACUCAAUGGGUCAUACACUAGAUAUUCACUAUCAUGGCUUCAGGCCGCUACACACACAUACAAUACACGCUUCGAUGGCUCUGACCGAAGUGACCAAAGUUUUCUUGAUGGAAGCAAGUAAUUACAUAGUAGUUCUCUUCUCUCCCCCAAAGUCAUUGUCAUUUAUAUAUAUUUUGUGUUUCUGUUGAGUAAACUUUUCGUUUCUGUGUGUAACGUUUCCCAUGACGCUAAUGAACCAUCUAAACUGGAGGAAUGGAACCAAAUCGUUGUUUUGGUACCAGUCAGAUAACUAACUAUGAACAUGUUAAUUGCACUAUUCACAGCACUGGAGGAAAACAUUUGAGUCCCGUUUUGUCCUCUAGAACAGCUUGUUUUUGCAUUUUUGCUGUUGAAUGUGUCAUUAGAACAAGAACUUGAUUAAAAGAAAUGUUCUUAUCGUAGUACUUAUCCUGCAUCUCCCCACCUACUACAUACAGUAUAUGUCUGAUUUUUUUCAUCCCUACAGUACAUUUUGGCUUGUUGCUAAUACCAGGAGUAAAUGUUGACCUUUGCCAUUUGAACACAUUUUCAACUUCUAUUGACUUGAUGAUUAGUGAAGUGAAGGGAAUAUAUGAGCCAAGUGCUUUUUGUCUUCCUGAUUUCCUUCAAAUGUUUUCAUCAUAGCUUUAUCUUCACUUAGUUGUUUUAGUUCAGGUGUGCUGUGAGUGUACAUUUUUAACAGACAGCAAUAAGAGUGCCUCAGUGUGGACACGUGGCACAACAUGUAAUGGCAGGACUGCGUGAGGCAGGAGCUUGAAAACUGCAAAGCAGCAUUGUCUUUUUCUCGCUAGUUGAGUGGAACGACUUUGGCAGGUGAACGUCUAUAGCUCCUUUUAUAUUCAAGUGUACUUACAAACAGAACAGUGAAUAUGAAGAUCAUGAAGCAACGUGUAAAUAUAUUACAAAGUCGAGUAAUUGUGGAUAUGCUGGUAGAUAAUCUAAAGGCAGUAAUGCACUUUAUUAUGUCUUUUUAUUUUUCCUUUGCUUCAUCUUCACAGAUCCACCUUUACCACAAGGAUAGACUUCUAUGCUUGUUUUCCCCGAUGCUGUUGUUUUAUCUUCAGCUGAUUGUCUGUGUGCACUGUAUAUGUUAAAAUUAUGCAAAAUUUCUUUGUUAACCUGAUGAUUUUACAAUCUAGUGUCUGUCCUGUUUGCGUGUACUAAUGUGUAAUCUUUUUUUAGCUUAUCUGCAUUGUAUAACUUGUUCUUUGAAAAAGAAAUCUGUUAUUUAAUUUUUAAUUCCUAAGAGAUCGUUUUUGUUCCCAAUCUUAGAGGCUGACAGAUUGAAGGUGCUAUUGUGUUCUAAUACAGUACAUCAGUGAUCUACUCUACUUUCAGUCUCGGCUAUUUGUCAAUUUAUUUGUCAUUUUUCUUCAGAAGCCUUUUCCUGAACCGUGUUUAAUAAAUGCAAAUAUAUAAAUAUAUGAAAAUGCAUAACAUAUAUGUUACAUACAUGAGUUCUCCUUUCUGUCUUUAGAUGCAGUUUUUUUUUUCUUUAGCAGAUGUUUGGGGUUAAUAUUAAAGUCUGAAUGAACAUGAAA